AGGUGCGUUUUCCAAUCAACCAGUGCGUGUCAACCUUCUUGCUAUUAACACGAACAAAAUGGAAGCGUUGAAACCAAGUCCCAUUUUGGAGUUCAAUGAAAAUCAGUUGGCAAAUGUAAGGAAAAGUUUCGGUUACGACGAUGUGAGUAAGCUGAAACAAGACUUGGAUCAGUUCGAGGAUUGGAUCAGCAAACAGCCUCAUUUUACGGUGAAGGAGUUCGACCGAGACUUUCUGGAGCGCUACCUGAUCUACUGCAAGGGGUCCAUCGAGAGAGCGAAGCAGCGCUUCGACAAACUCUGCACUUACACCAACCAGAUGCCAGAGUUCCUGAGGAACUGGGAUAUCAAAAAUGAGUUCCUGCCCCUGUUUAAUAUAUGCCACACAUACAUAUUACCGAAGCCAGGCCCCGACAACUAUCGAGUUAUAUUAGCGAAGGUCACAGGAGUAGACGAUGACAAAUUCGAAUUGAUAGAAUUCUACAGAUAUUUGAUUGUGCUGGGCGCAUACAUGAUGCACAAUGAUUACUGCCAUGGUUACGAACUGGUCGGAGAUUGUAGAGGCGUCACUAUGGGACUUGUAAAGAAGCUGAAUCCAGUUAUCAUACAUAAAGGCCUUACGUUGAUUUCGGAAGCCUUAGGACAGAGAAUGAAGAAGAUCCAUCUCAUCAGUGGUUCCAAGUUCUUUGAUACUGUUGUUGUGGUCUUCAAGCAGGCUCUCAGCGCUAAACUGGCUCAAAGACUUGUGAUACACGAUAGUUAUGAGUCGUUAUAUGACCAUAUACCUAGGGAGCACCUUCCAAAAGAACUUGGAGGAAAUGAGAAGUCUUCUCAGGAGUUGAACGACUUGAACUUCAAAGAAAUCAGCUCUGACAAGCACAUUGCAGUUAUGAAGAAGAUGGAGGCAGCUACCACGGACGAGGCUUGCCGCCAGUCAGCCAAGUUCAACGAGGAGUACUCAGGAACACCAGGCUCCUUCAAGACAUUGUGUGUAGAUUAAAAAAUGUGUCUCGGUUGGUAUUAGGGAUAAAUACGGCAGUUUUCUUAGUAAUAGACCUGGGUUUUCAUCCAGGCUUGGUUUGUAUAGAAUUUUGACAUUUAUUUUUGGCAAAAUUUUUAGAUAGGUAUUGAUUGUAUAUUGGAGAUAAUUUAAGCCGUAAAAUGUGCAGACAGGACAAAGGUUUUAAGCCUUUAUAAGGCGUAAAAUGUGAAGAUAUCAUGAGAAACCGUAAUUAAAAAGGAUUAACGACUUUUAACUUUUAUGGCAAAAUAUAUGGUAUAAAACUAUAAA